GCGAAGACGACCACGAUGCAGUCGUACUUCUCCUCCGUGUUUGGCGUCAAAUGGGAGCGCAACCACGUUGUGUCCAUCGACUUGUCUGGUAACUCCCUCUCGGGCUCAUUCCCCGCUGAGAUCGUCCAGCUGCGUUUCCUCACGACGCUCAAGCUGCGCGACAACCCAAACUUACGGGGCACAUUACCCCGCGAGAUUUACUCCAUGCCCCACCUCAAGUUCUGCUACGUGGACGGCACCACGAUCCAGCACGCCAUGCCGUACAACAUCGCGCACUCGUUCCAGAUCACCCUGUUGAAACUCGAAGUGGGUAGAGCAGCCGGGUCAGCGAUCUCCGCGGUGAGAUUCUGCACCGGCGACAGCCACUCGGGCAACUUGAUCCACUGGAUGGCCGACAUGACCGAGGCCGAGAUGUACAUGGUGCACUCGUCGCUGAAAAAACUCCACGAAAGCGCCGACCCACAGUCACGGCGGCAGAUCAAGUGCACCGCCAGCAACGCCACGGGACCGGAGCGCGCAGCAGCAGCCACGAAGCUGCAGCGCAUUUACCGCGCGCGCAUCGAACGCACAAAGUUCCGCAACUUCUUGCACUCGCUCGUGGAGAUGAAGGUCGACCCAGCCACGGGAUACACGUACUACGUCAACGCGCGCACUGGCGAAGCCACCUGGGAGAAGCCGAAGUUCCUUGGAGCAGACACUCGAGCUGGCCCCUCUGCAGUCGAUGACGAAGACGCUGGUAAUGCCACCCAAGACGCAUCGGAGGCGUGGAAACCUUACGACGACGGCAACGGCAACACG